AUGCGGUCGGAGCUCCAGUCUGGCAAGCCCGAGCUUCAGCCUGGCGACUCCCCCCCAAACCUCAACGCCUCGCCCCUCCCCCACGGCGCGCGGCUCGUGGUCGCGGCUUCGCUCGUCGACGCUCUAAGCGAGGCGCUCGGCACACCGCUAGUGGUGGCAGCGACGCUUCCCGGCGCCGCGCUGAUCGGCCGACACUGUGCGCACCCGCUCUCGGCGCGUCCGGUGCCAGUUUUGCAUGCGGAGCACGUGACGGACGACGCGGGCACCGGGCUGGUCCACACGGCGCCGGGGCAUGGGCCAGAGGACUUUGCGGUCGGCGUCGCGCACGGCCUGGCCGCCGCUUGCCCUGUCGAUGAGAAGGGCUGCUUCACUGCCGCGACGGAGGAGGCGGCGGGCUUUGCCGGCGAGUCCGUGCUGGAUGACGGGAACGAGGCGGUGCUGACUGCGCUUCGCGAGGGCGGUUCCCUGCUCGCUGCUGCGCGGCACGAGCACCGCUACCCGUACGAUUGGCGCUCCAAGACGCCGGUCAUCUUCCGCACGACGCCGCAGUGGUUUGUGAGGCUGGGCGACUUGCGCGGCGAGGCGCUCGCCGCGCUGCAUGCGGCGUUUGUGCGAGGCCGGACGGAGUGGUGCCUUUCUCGGCAGCGGUCGUGGGGCGUGCCGCUCCCGGCCUUCUACCACGUGGAGACGGGCGAAGCGCUGCUCACCGAGGAGAGGGAGACGGUGGAGCACGUGGCGUCGCUCGUGUCGACGCACGGGUGCGACUGCGGAGUCUUCGUUGAUGGCGGAGUCUUCGUUGACACCAAUGAGGUCUCAAUGAGGCAAUCCACAUGCGUUAGGUCCGACUGCUGGUGGCGGCUGAGCGAGGCGGAGCUGCUGCCGCCUCGGAUCAUCUGGAUCGUCGUACCAUCCUGCUCCGUCGUACUCAUCCUCAUCGAACUCGCCAACGAGCGCGAGCAAGGAGAUUUGGCCAAGAUGAUGGCGGCGCCGAUCGAUAGGAGCGGUGCGAAGGCAAUUCAGAUUACCGUAAAGCACGUAAAACCUCGCCACGAAAAGAAUUUUACCAGACUCUCGCCCAAGGGGCACGGGACUGGCGCGCACUGGCACUAA